UUAACCCCUUGAGCCCGAUGGUCCCUUGCAAGGGCCGAGAUUUUGCUGGAUGAAAUUCAACACUAUAAAAAAUGUAUUAAAUCUUGACCGCGGUGUUUACUUUCACUUCUCGAUCCAAGUUUAGACUCUAAUGUUCACAAAACUGGGUCGGAUGUCUGUUUUAGUGCAAACGUUACCUUUUAUAUGUCGAUUUUAAUCAGCCUUGUAGCGAAAUCUGGACCUUUAAAUUUUGGGACAGUCACCGAAUCAAAGCUUUACAGUGUAGCGGAGAAUGGCUCCAUACGGCCAUGCUUGUAGUCCUUUGAAAGGGGAGACUCUACUGAAUCGAAUGACUCCUUUCAAUCCAAUAACUACAUUUCCCAGUACAGUGAAAAAGCCGCGCGUAAAGUUCUCGUUAUCUGUGCGCUUUUAGCUGCAGCGCCUCCGAGAUGAAGGCAGAACGCUGAAUCGCACGCCUAUCGCACAGAUCAGCGCUGCUAACUUUCUGCACCGAGAAAAAACUUUCCCGAGGCAUUUUCAAAGAUGGCAAAGAGAACGUUUGAUAGCAAGAGGGAUAUUGCGGCGAUUCUUGCUGAAAUUCAGCGGGGGUCAGAUGUUGAGUUCGAGGACUCCUCUGACUCUGAGAGCAGCAAUGAUGCCGGCUCCGAGGAGGAGGCAUUGUACAUGAGCGACGUGGACCCGGUUUAUGAGUGAGUAUUUGCAUAUAUUUAUAAGGCUAAGUGUUGUGUGAAUUGAUAUGCACGGUAAACCUUUGUAAAAACAAAACACAGUAGUAAUUAUGGCAACUCAAUAGUAUUGAAUAUUACUGCAGUUUCACAGUAUUUGUUUAUUUUGGGCUAACUUUGCUUGCAGGUACUGCUAGCAUACGAAGUAAAUAUAAAUGCAAACAAAAUGUAGUAGAGGUGAUAGCUUCUGAAUUUAUUGAAUGUUUACAUACGUCCACAGCCUUUGUGUCCUUCAGUGAAAUGUACAAAUGUUUGUUCUACGUAGUUAUUUAUCACCAUUUUCACAGCCACCAAGAAGAGGAGAGUAAAGCACUGGCAGGCCCAUCAGGAGCUUUCACACCUUCAACAAUACAUGCAGCAGCCACCCAUCCCCCACCCUUGCCUGCAAGAGAGGUGUCACCACUUGAUACAAGGUUUGUGUCCUGAUCAUUUGUGUAGUUUGGGUCUCUAAAAGAAAUAAUGCACUCUUUACUGCUUCAGUUAUGUAUUUAUAUGUCUUAUUGUUUGUAGAAAUUGAUGUGAAUCAUCAGUUUUCUAAAUAUGUUUCUUUCAACAUCUGUACUCCUUUUAUCAUGCAACAGUGAGGAGAGAGAAGGUUUGUGUCCUGAUCAUUUGUGUAGUUUGGGUCUCUAAAAGAAAUAAUGCACUCUUUACUGCUUCAGUUAUGUAUUUAUAUGUCUUAUUGUUUGUAGAAAUUGAUGUGAAUCAUCAGUCUUCUAAAUAUGUUUCUUUCAACAUCUGUACUCCUUUUUUCAUGCAACAGUGAGGAGGAAGAAGAAUGCCAAGAAUAUUUGCCACCACAGCGCACCACCUCUUCAUCCUCAAGUUCUGGGCCCUCUUCCCCUGACCCAAAGAGAGCACGUGGCCGUGGCCGUGGCCGUGGUCGUGGCCGUGGACGUGGACGUGGACGUGGACGUGGAGGGCAAGCCAGCAACUUGCCUAGACCGGCUCCUGUGCACCUGGAGGCUCAGCAUGAGGGAUGGCACACAAAAGAGGAGCCAGAUGUUGAGCCUCCAACACCACGAUUUGAGCCGAAGUGUCCACCUGGUCCCAGGAUCGACACCACUGCACAGUGGUCCCCGCUCAGCCUCUUCAGGUUAUUUUUUAGCAGCAGCAUCGUACACACCAUCAUCAAUAACACAAAUGCCAAUGCUGCACGAAGGUUGGCAAAAGGUGCUAAGUACAAGUGGUCUCCCCUCUCAGGUGACUCUUUCUAUCUUUUCCUAUCAAUAGUCUUGUUCUUUGGCUUGGUACGUGUGCACUCCAGGACGGACUAUUGGCGGAAGGACUGGCCGUACCAAUUUGUCUUUCCUAAGAGUAGCAUGUCAAGGGACAAAUUUGAGGCCAUCUUUUGGUCUCUUCAUCUCUCUGAUGUUGCAGAGGAUGAAGAGAAUGAAAGAAAAAGGGGAACACCUCAAUUUGACAGGCUAUUCAAAAUCAAGCCACUCUAUGGUGAGAUUGUGAAUGCCUGUAACUCCCUGUACCAGCCAUACCAGAACAUAACUAUUGAUGAGCGGAUGGUGGCCAGCAAAGCACGCAUUGGAUUUAGGCAGUACAUGAGAGAUAAGCCAACAAAAUUCGGCUAUAAAUUAUUUGUAUUGGCAGACUCCAAAUCAGGCUUUACCUCAAAUUUUUUCGUUUAUCAAGGUAAAGAUGAUACCAAGGUCAAACAGAGGGGACAGACGGAGGAUGGCCUUAGCGUCACAUCCGUCAUGGACCUGAUGAAGUUUGACCUCCUUGGGAAAGGCUAUCAUCUUUACGUUGAUAACUUUUAUACCAGUCCACGGCUUUUCUCUAAAUUACUGCAACAUCACACUGUUGCUUGUGGCACCAUUCGGUCGAAUAGGGAGGGAUUUCCAAAAACCGUCAUAAACGACCUCCCAAAGAAACCUGAGAGGGGAGACAUGAGGUGGAUCAGAAAGGGCAACCUUCUGUUCGCACGGUGGAUGGACACCAAAAUUGUAAACAUAUGCAGCACCUUCCACAAGGCGUACAGCGGGGCCACUGUACAGAGGAGGGUAAAGGGACCAGAUGGACACUGGCACAGGGGUCCUGUGCCAGUGCCAGAUGCAUGCAGGGACUAUAAUAUGAACAUGGGUGGUGUGGACCUCUCUGAUGCGCUUAUCCAGUAUUACACCGUCCACAGCAAAACCAUGAGGUGGUAUAAAACCUUUUUUUACCACUUCAUGGAUAUUGCUGUGGUCAACAGCUUCAUACUCCACAAAGCAGUGGCCACCUGCCAAAAUCAGACCCCUCUGUCCCUCAAAAGGUUCAGGGAGGUUUUGAUGAAGGAAAUGGUUGAGCAGGCUCAACUUAUUCCUGCUGCAGCCACCCCUGGCCCGAGCAGUACCACCACCUGCAUGCCUGUGUUUAGGGGGGAUAGCACUCAGGAGCGCAGGAAAUGUGUGGUCUGUGCGGCCAAGGAGAGAGAAAAGGCCAAGCAGAUUCAGGGGUACAAGGCAAAGGACAUGAAGACACCGGUUUUCUGUUCAAGGUGCAAUGUGUCACUUUGCCUUGUACCCGGAAGAAACUGCUUUGUGGAGUAUCACAAAAAUACUGGGUAAAUAUUGGGUUUUCGAGAACCACAUUCAUCCCUUGUAAAUAGUUUGAUUUUUUGCACAUUUUUACAUACUGUAAUAUUGUUUAUUGUGUUUUGCUGUGUUUUUUGUUUACCUGCACAUUCCAUUCCUUCACAUUUACAUUGAUCACUUUAUAUUUAUUUGUUGAACUGCAGCUGGAAAGCCAUUCCAUCCCCUUAUUGCUCAUUGUAAAUAGUUUUGUUGCACCUUUUACUUACAUUUUGUUUGCACUAAUUAUGUUUGCUGUGUUUUAUAUUGUUAUCUAUUGUUUUUUAUUUUAUAUUUCUUGCAAUUUUACUAUUUAUUUUACAUUGUUUGCACUUAGUGAUUGUUUGUUUCUCUUUUUGCACUUUACUUUAAAUAAAAAUACUCCCUGUGGAGCCCUAAAAAGUAGAACUUCCUGUUAUUUUUCAUUAUUCUUUAUCGCAUAUGAACAUAUAUAUUGUGUACAAUGGUGGAAAUUGAUGAGUCACUUGGUAAAUUUCAUAUCCAAAAGCUUCAAUAGUUACUAGGAGUCUAGUCUAAUGGAAAUUAAUUGUAAUUUGGAGCCAGUUUUCAUCAGAGGUAGAAAAUAAACCAUUUGGCACAAUUUGGCACAAAGUGUGCCAAACUGAGUCCACGCCAGGGUGUAUCCUUACAAAAACCUUCAUGUAGGCUUUACUGUUUGCCCAAAUGCUAUCAAACUUGGUACAUUUGUGGUCAAGGAGUGGGUGAAGCUAAUCAAUGGCAUCUGGGGGCCUGGAAUCAUUGCCAGCAUUGUGUUUCCUCUGUCAAAAAAAGGAAACAUUUUGGCGAGGGUAAAAAACGUCACUUUUCCUCUGAUUUAUUCCACUUUAUUCAGGCAUAAUGACAGAUACAACACUUCUGACACUUGGAACACAUUCUCUGAAGUCUCUAGAUGUCCAAGGACACCAAGAACAUGCAUAUAACCUUUAGUAAAGUGUAGUAAUUCCUCAUUUACUUUGGGUAUGUCUUUUAGGCGUUUUUUUCCCUAAAAUAGGCUCAGGGCUUAACAGGUUAAGAAAGGAUU